GUGUGAGUGUAGGGGGAGAGCAGAGCAGGGAGGUGGGGAACUGGAAGUUGUAGGUGGAGUAAUUGAGCAGAAUAUGAGCUGCUGCCCACAGCUUUCUGGAUGUAAAUUGAUGAGGUCAUAGUGUUUUCAGUUAGGGGGGGGAAAAAAGUUAAAAAAAGUAUUCAACUUGUUUUUCAAGAGAGAGGAAAACACGGAGAAGCCGAGGCAAUGGAGCAACUAGCAAAACUCCUUCUGUGGCAGAUUGUGCUUCAGCAAAGUUAUGUUCAUUUAUACUCAGUGCCAGCUGAUGCCUCCAACCCAGCCAGCGUUGUGGUGUCGGUGUUAAACAUCAGCGUGACGUCGGGCUCUCAGGCUGUGCUGCCCUGCAAGAGUUACCGCAUCGUGUGGACCCAGGACCGGCUCAACGACCGCCAGCGCGUCGUGCACUGGGAUGUCUACAGCAGCUACUAUGGAGAUAACAAGAUGGAGAGGCUGUGUGACAUGCACUCAGGUGGAGACCAACGUGUGUACAGCUCCUACAACCAAGGCAGGAUAUUUAUACCUCAGAAUGCAUUUACAGAUGGCAACUUCUCCUUGGUGAUCAAAGGUGUUGCAGAGAGUGAUGAAGGCACAUACUCUUGUAAUCUUCACCAUCACUACUGCCACUUAGAUGAAACUGUGAAAAUCCAACUAACUAUCACCAAGAAAGCUGAGGAAGAGAAGGAGUACUGGGAUGGGGAGAAGCCUGUGAUUGUUGCCCUGGAAGGCAGCACAGUGACGCUGCCCUGUGUGAACCGCAAGCAGAUCUGGACGGAGCGGCACAGCGAGGAGGAGCAGCAGGUGGUGCACUGGGACCGGCAGCCGCCGGGGGUCCCGCACGACCGCGCCGACCGCCUCAUCGACCUGUACGCGUCCGGCGAGCGCCGCUCCUACGGCCCGCUCUUCAUCCGCCAGAAGAUGAACAUCACCGACACGGCCUUUGCCCUGGGGGACUUCUCCCUGAGGAUUUCACAGCUGGAAAGUGCAGAUGAAGGCACUUACUCCUGCCACCUGCACCAUCACUACUGCGGCCUGCACGAGCGCAGGAUCUACCGAGUGUUCGUGACGGAGCCGGUGAGGGAGAGGAAGGUGGUGAACCUCACCACUCACAGCGUCGCCCCAGCUGCGGAUCCAAAUAUUGUCAGGGGCCACAAUGUAAUAAAUGUCAUCAUCCCUGAGAGCCGGAUGCACUUCUUCCAGCAGCUGGGCUACAUCCUGGCAACGCUGCUGCUCUUCAUCGUCCUCCUCAUCGUCGUGGUCCUUGUCACCCGCAAGCGCCGGCAGAGAGGUUAUGAAUACAAUGUCAAGAAAUAUGGAGAGAAGGAUGUAAAUCUGAAGGAAUUUACAGUCGACACAACAGAUCUGACUCAAUACAGAAGUGAAGACCUCAGGCUGGAUUACAAAAACAACAUCCUGAAGGAGAAGGCUGAGCAAGCCAGAAGCUUCCCAGCAAAGAACAUUGAUUUAGACAAAGAUUUCAGGAAGGAAUAUUGUAAAUGAAGACAUUCCCAAGCUGCUGGCUGGACCAGAAGCUUCAAUCAAAGAUAGAUAAAUGGAAGAGAGAUGCCUUUCCUUAAAAUCACGUCUCUCCAGUUACCAUAGAUUUUUUUUCACACAGACUUUCUCCCCACUAAGCACAAGGGUAUUUGCAAAUGCUUCUUGAAAGAGUUAGACUGUCCUGUGUGCACUUGUGAUGGGCUUGGGCCUUUUCUUCUCCUCCUCUCCCAAUCCUCCAUUCCCCUUUUCGUUCUUGGUAUUAUCGUUGGUUUUAUGCAUCAAUGAUUUUUAUGAGCUGAAUCAGCAGACAUUUUGCUUUGAUGUUACUGCUUUAAAUAAACCAACCUGCAUCACUAA